AUGCCGGAACAUGGCCUCCCAUUGAACGUCGCGUACCUUGGGCCCGAAGCCUCUUUCUCACACCAAGCAGCCAUUGAAGUCUUCACGCCUCGACAAUCCUCGACCUCGUCCUCGACCUCGUCCUCCACCUCCACCUCCACUUCUGCCACCGCUGCUGGUAGACCUGUAAGGCUUCACCCCUUACCCUCCUUCUCGGCCAUCUUCUCGGCGAUCCAGAGCACAUGCUCGCCUUCAAGCUUGGAGAAAGAGACGGAGCAGCCAUCGUACGACUACGACUACGACUACGCAGUGGCCCCCUUUGAAAACAGCACCAACGGCUCUGUAGUGCAGGUUCUCGACCUGCUCGCCCAGUGCGGUCUCGAAUCCGACCCUGACCCCGGCUCCGACCCCGACUCUACUGCUGGCGCCUUGUAUCCCGACCUGGAAGUCUGCGCCGAGUACUACCUCCCUGUCCACCACUGCUUGUUUGUCGCGCCGUCGUCGGAGCACAAGCACAACCACAAAUCCACGCCAGACGACGACAACACAGCGAACACUGCCGCAACGAGAACCUCGGGAGCCUUGGGGCCGACCACGUCGAUCCGCACUCUCUACACCCACCCGCAGGUCUGGGGCCAAUGUGGACGGUUCCUGGCCUCACAGUUCCCGUCCAACGUGGUGGAACGCAUCGAUGUGGGCAGCACUUCGGCCGCGGCGCAGCUCGUCGCGCGAGAGACCAAUGCCAGCUCCAACGGCGGGACUGGCAUCAGCGCCGCUAUAGCAUCCAAGCUUGCCGGCCAGAAACAUAAUCUGGUCUGCUUGGCAGAAAACAUCGAGGACGAACCAGGAUCGAAUACAACCAGGUUCUUCGUGCUGCGGAACCGGAAGCGUCGCUCUGGCCCUGGCCUUGGUCAAGGUCAAGAUUUGUUUGCUUCCGAUGUUGGUCACGGCCACCAGCAAGAGCCGUCGAGUCCGUCACAGCUUGGGCAUCAUACCAAUCCCCGGUAUUAUAAAUCCCUAAUCACCUUCACCAUCGACCACACCAGGCCAGGCAGUCUGGCCGACGCAUUGGCCGUGUUCAAACAAUACUCUUUCAACCUAACGAGCAUCGACACAAGACCCAGUCGCAAGCGCAACUGGCAAUACGUCUUCUUUGUCGAGUGUGAAGAGACCUCGGACACCGUCCGAGGGGGGCAGAACGACCGAGAGCAGAAAUUGACCAAUAUGCUUCUAGACCUGCAAAAGUUCACGGGGAGUCUGAGGUAUCUCGGCAGAUUUGAGGAUCGGCUACGAGGCGGCGUUACACAUGUGGAACCUUGA